CCGGUCUCUAUCCGAGCUUCGGCUCUACGUCGCGUGGUGGGCUGAGAAGUUUCACCUACCUAUUUCGCCGCACACAUCACUUUUUGUUGGAUUUCGAACUCAUCAGAGCAUGAGCGAGCGAGCGAGUGGUUCUUGAACACAUUUUUUCAGACUGCUUGCAUGCUAUUACUUCCUGUGCGCCUGCUUUCAGCACACCAAACCUCAUUCCACGCGUUGCUUACUCAUGCGCAACCCUUCUUCGCGACAUUGAAUUUUCCGUCUGAUCGCUCCUCGAGCCUUCGGACACCAAGCUUACAGUCAUGCCCAGAGACGACUUGUCGAUUGAUUUCGUCAAGAGGAUGCCUCCAGCCGAAGCUGUGGAUCCAGGGGUGAUCCUCGACGACUGGAUCAACCGCGUUCAGAAUCUCCCGGAAGAGAUACGUUUCUGCCACGACGAGAUUGCAGACAGAGACCGCCAAUACAACGAACAAAUACGAAUAAUCGAAGAUCGCGACUCGAAGAUCCAGAAACACAUCAAGGCGCACGGCAGCCAUGAGCCAAAUCCUAAGGAGGAGGGGCUCCGGGCACAAAUACGCGAAGCCUACGAGCGAGCCGACAAGAUUCAACUAGAGAAGAUCAAGCUUGUGCAGAACUCGGCACUCAUCAUGGAUAAACACAUCAAGAGCUUGGAUUAUCAGAUCAAGCAACUUUACGACCGCAGCGAACACGGUUUCUCAAAUCCCGACGAGCUCCCAUCACUCAUCCGACCAAGCGCUGCCAAUAAAACAGCCACCUUCAGACCAAUGCCCACAGGUGGCAACAUGGCUCCAGGUCCUGCUGCUGCCGCCGCUACUGCUCCUCCGAAUGGCGCCGCGUCGCCUGCGCUCGAUCGAUUGCCCAGUCAUGCCAAUGUCCGAGCCACCCAGACUCAGCAGCAGCUACAGCAGCACGCCUCCUCGGCACCGGCUACUCCAGCUGCCAGUAUGAUUCUCAACCGCCAGCAACGGGAAGGCUCCACUGGCCCUGCGACAAAGCGGGGGGUCCGUGUCAGCUCCGGCCUCGGAAACGUACCGGUCACCUCCAGCGGACUCGCCAGACAUUCGUCCCUCGGCCCCGGCACGCCCAAAGGCGCGCCUGCGGGCGGUCAGGGCGGCGCUUCGAGGGCUGGCAGUGUCGGCCCGAAGCCCAACUCUGCAAAAACAACGGCGGGCAGCGGCUCGCGACGCGGAACACCUACCGGAGUCGUACGUAAGAAGACAGCCAGCAAAUCAUCGCUAUCGCGGGUCAAGAAGGCUUCCAACAGGAAUUCGCCGGCAUCUACAGCGGAUAGUGACCUCUCUGAUGCUGUUAGCGGUAGCGAGGUGGACGAUGGCGAGCACCGCUCAAGAGGGACUCCGGCUGGUGAUGGCAAAGACGCCGACGGCGACGACGCUGUUCUGGAUGCGGACGAGGACGAGGACGAUGGUAACGAUGACCGGAAAUACUGUCUGUGCAACAAUGUGAGCCAUGGCGAUAUGGUUGCGUGCGACAACGACGAUUGUCCAUAUGAAUGGUUUCACUGGUCCUGUGUUGGCCUCAAAAGCGAGCCGAACGGGACCUGGUACUGCCCCGUGUGCUCUGAGAAAUUUAAGAAAGGCAGAUGAGGCAGCGGCAGAUGAUCAUGGGAACCUAGGAAUGGUUUGUGUUGGGAAUUGGGAUAUGGAGGCCGGCGUGCCUCGGCGUUUGUCACGGCUGAUACCCUCGCUCACAUGUUUAGGCGUACAUAGCCUGUCAAUACCACGAAUGCGAUUGCACAUUGGGAAAGUUU